CCUGGCAAGGGGGUCACCUGCAUCUACCUGCAUGAUGGCUCCUGGGAGCAUUGCAUCCAGUGACACCUCCUCGACUUCCUCAGCCUCCAAAGCCUCGUCAGCCUCCUUGCCCUCCUUGACUUCCACCCUGGGGUCGUCCAAGUCAUCUGGGUGUGAACGGCCAGGCCUGAUCAAGAGCAGCAUCCGAGAGCCGCGCCGACAUCCUCCGGUGCUGCGCAUGGUGCUGGAGGCGCUGCAGGCGGGAGAGCAGCGCCGGGGAACCUCGGUGGCAGCCAUCAAGGUUUACAUCCUGCAGAAGUACCCAACGGUGGACGUCUUUCGGCUCAAGUACUUGCUAAAGCAGGCUCUGGCCACGGGCAUGCACCGCGGCCUCCUUGUCAGGCCCGUCAACUCCAAGGCCAAGGGGGCCACUGGCAGCUUCAAAUUGGUUCCCAAGCACAAAAGGAAAAUCCAGUCCAGGAAGACGUCCACCCUGAAGGCCUCCAGGAGGCCGGGUCAAGCUGAGGAAAAGGACCCCAAGAAAGCGAAGAAGGCCAAGAAGGACCCUCCCAACCCAGGCGAGGUGAAAAAGGGAUCCAGGAAGCCAGGCCAGGGGAGGUCAGUCCCCCCCAAAACUGGUGAAGCAAUGAAGGCCCCUCAAAAAGGCAACAAGACUCUGGACCAAGAGGCAAGACUGGGUGAGGCCAGGAAGUGCUCCCAACAGCCAGACAGGCCCACGCAGUCACCUCCCAGAACCACUGGGCCUGGUAGGAAGGCAAAGGUCAAAGCAGAGGCUGAGGCCCCCGGGAAGACCAAUCCUGGGAGUCGGAAUUCAAAACCCACGGUCACCAAGGGUGAGAAUGGUACAGCCAAAACGAAGAUGGGGAACAAGAUCCCUAAAGAGGCUGUCACCCAGGGGACUCAGGAGGCCCCCAACGCCAAGGCCCCUCCUCCUGCCAAGGGCAGUGGGUCCAAAAUGGAGCCCAAACCACCAGCCAAGAAGGUAGAGGCCCCCAAGGGCCUGAGAAAGCCUGGCAUUCCCACCACAGCCUCCUCUUCCAAGGUGGCCAGUAAGAAGGCUGAGGCCAAGAACUAGAGGUGGGGUGGCGAGAGACUGAGAUUCUACUUUUUUAUUCCCUUAAAAAACUAUUUAUUUCAC